ACUCCUCUUCCUGCACAGAAAAAAUGCUGUAUUAGCCAAUCGUGCUGGUGUGCAGCCAAGGCUUGUGCAGAGCUGGGAGUGACCCAGUACAGGCGGCCACAGUCAGUGUGUGCAGGCACAGUAGGAAGGCAUUAACCUCUGUGGAAUUGAAUGCGUUGGCUCUGAAAACUCGCAAGUAAUUAACAUGGCUGAAGAGGGCAUCCUGACGGAGAUCUUUACUUCUCCCUUAAAUAUAUGUCUGCUGCUGCUCUGCCUGUAUCUGCUGUACAAGAUACUGCGGGGGGAUAAACCCAGCGAAUCAGAAGACAGAGAAGAGCAGUUACCCAAGAUGAAGAAGAGAGACUUUACCAUGGCUCAGCUUAAAGAAUUUGACGGUGCCCAAAAUCCCAGGAUUCUGAUGGCAAUUAAUGCCAAGGUGUUUGAUGUCACAAGGGGGAAGAAGUUUUAUGGACCAGAGGGACCUUAUGGUGUGUUUGCUGGACGUGAUGCUUCCCGUGGUCUUGCCACUUUCUGCCUCGAUAAAGAAGCCUUAAGAGAUACAUAUGAUGACCUCUCCGACUUAACAGCUUCACAGCGGGAGACAUUAAGUGACUGGGAACAACAAUUUACCUUUAAGUAUCACCAUGUGGGGAAACUUCUGAAAGACGGAGAGGAACCAACCGAAUACACAGAUGAAGAGGAUACUGACCAAAAGAAGAAAAACUAAAGAAAUCCAUGAAUGCUUU